AUGGCCCAUAGAAUCGGCUGUCGCAUCCCACCACUGGACAAGGACCCAGACAACCUGAUGCUGCAGAUCUUGCACGCUGAGAAUUCCUUUCUGAGGAUGGGGGAGUCCAGGCUGUCUUUUCUGGACAGUUGCAGAGGCAGCUUUGCCCACUCUGUGGUGAAGAGCCGUGGUGACAAGCUGACGGCCUGUUUGAAGAUUCUGGUGGCCAGUGCCAAAGUUCAGAAAUUGGAAGCCAGGGAGCAGUUAGCUUUAAUUAUGAUUGCAACGUACCUUCGCUCUGUGCAAUUUGGUGAGUUCUUGGUGGAUGAGUUGUCGGCUCGUCGGCCCUUGGCUUUGCUUCCGCUCGUUCAAAAGUUCUUCGAAGUCACCCAUGGGGUUGCCCAGCGAAAAGCUUUCCUGCCGUUCCGAGUUAUUUCCAAAAGGGGGGCACUUCGGAUGGCUGAUGUUCUGGCCAUGGCUGGCCAAUUUUUGGAUGGCAGCCUCGACAUUAUGUUCGUGUGCCAGGGCAAAGCUGAUUGGAUUGUCGACGUGGAUAUGUGCCUUGUCGCAACCUGA